GCAUUUCCCACAAACCAAAUAAUAUAAUACGCCCGUAUAAAUAAUCGAUAUAUUGCGCGCGCAGAUCAGUCGACAUCCUAUGCCCACUCAGACUUGAAACUGAACAACUGAAAACAUCGUCAGCUGGUUAAAAUAAAAAGGUGAACCAUUUUGCCUCUACAAUAAAGUGUAUCAGACAGAAUGCCGGGAGCAAGGCACAAAAUUUUGGGGCAUGUGCUCUCUGGCUUUUGCCAUAAAAUGAAUCGACGUAAAUCAAUUCAUGGAGAUUCUUUAGACACGCCGCUGAAUCGUUGUCUCACUACUUUUGAUAUCACUUUGUUAGGGGUGGGACACAUGGUCGGUGCUGGUAUUUAUGUGUUAACGGGGACAGUUGCGCGGCACAUGGCAGGCCCGGCGACAGCCCUGAGUUUCUUAUUCGCUGGCAUCACGUCAACCCUCGCGGCUCUGUGCUACGCUGAAUUCGGCACUAGAAUACCCCGCGCUGGAAGUGCAUACGCCUACACUUAUGUCAGCAUUGGAGAGUUUUGGGCUUUUAUAAUAGGAUGGAACAUCGUUCUUGAGUACAUGAUAGGUGCUGCUUCGGUAGCGAGGGCAUGGUCAGGAUAUUUGGACGAAAUGGUAGGCGGAGCGAUUAGCAACGCCACUAUUUCAGUAACAGGAGAAUUACACGAAACCCUUCUGAGUCGAUAUCCUGAUGUUUUAGCUUUCGUCAUUUGUAUAGUUGCAUCACUUAUAUUGGCAGUCGGUGUUAAAACCUCUGCAUACAUAAAUAAUGGUCUGACAAUCUUGAAUCUUCUCGUGAUAACACUAGUUAUAUUUCUUGGGUUUUACUAUGCCGAUAUCAGUAACUGGUCUGAGAAAAACGGAGGUUUUAUGCCGUACGGCUUUAGUGGCGUACUAGCUGGCGCUGCGACUUGCUUUUAUGCAUUUGUUGGUUUCGAUAGCAUUUCUGCGUCCAGUGAAGAGGCAAAGGAUCCGUCGCGAUCGAUUCCGAUCGCAACUAUUAUGUCGAUGGGUUUGGUCGCUGUGGGAUAUAUUCUUGUUGCUAUAGCUUUGACACUUAUGGUACCUUAUCAAACUAUUAACCCUGACGCUGCUCUACCGGCUGCUUUGGGUGCUGUUCACGCCGAGUGGGCUAAGUAUGCGGUGGCAGUUGGAGCGGUGUGUGGGAUGACGACUACAUUGCUAGGAUCGUUGUUUUCUUUGCCCCGCUGCUUGUAUGCUAUGUCUGUUGACGGCUUGUUGUUUGGUUUCCUCAGCGAUAUGAGCAACAAUAAGUCUCAAAUUCCGAUAUCUAAUCUCAUUAUAUCUGGCUUUUCUUCCGCACUAAUAGCUUUGUUGUUCGAUUUGGAAAAAUUGGUCGAGUUUAUGUCGAUAGGAACUUUGUUAGCGUACACUAUUGUAAGUGCCGCUGUGAUCAUCCUCCGCUACCGGCCGACUCCGACGAUAGAAGACAAAAGUUUUUGCGUGCCGCAAUUAGACUCGCCGUGUGAUCGAGAGGAUAGCUCCGCGACGGGUACUCCCGGAACUGAUAAUGGAUCUUCAUCUUCUGAGAUGUUCGAGGCGCUGACAGUGGGUCGCUUGCGUGCUCAGUACGCGUGGCUGGAGCCGCUGGCGGGAGGGCGCGCACCUGGCAGCGCGGUCACCGCCUGCGUCUACGUCUUUACUAUCGCCGCCGCCGCGCUCUGUGUACACAAUCAUUUCCUAGCCGAGCCCGCAGGGCUGUGGGCGAUACUACCCGAUGUUGUGCUCAGCUGUAUUAUUAUCGCUUGUCUGGUGGUGAUCUGGGCGCACCAGCAGAGCCCCGCGCGGCUGCCGUUCCGUGUGCCCUGGGUGCCGCUGUUGCCCGCCGCCAGCGUUCUGCUUAAUGUCGAGCUCAUGGUCAACCUCAAGGGUCUCACCUGGGCACGCUUCGCUAUUUGGAUGACUUUCGGUCUUCUCCUGUACUUCCUGUACGGCAUCCACCACAGCAAGCUGGGUGAGGGCGUGGGGCUGCUGUCUCGGUCGGGCAGCGGGGGCGGCGGCGGCAGCGCACGCGGGUGGGGCGCCGUCGACAAGACCAGUGCCAUCGCGCGCCGCGUCGGCCGCCUCGCGCGCGGCUCCAAGGGCGACGACCGUAAGCCCAUCAUCUGCGACGACGAACUCGCCAGGCGGGAUCCGUGAUUUUAAAUUAUAUCACCGUUAUACGGUCAUUUCUACAUCAAUUCAGUUUGCACAUGUUCGGUGUCUGUGACAAAGCUUUCGACAAACCCAAUUCUAUAUCGUAACAACAUACUAACGUUAAAUUCAAUACAUAGUGGUCAUUCAAGAAUUUUACAUUAACAUUAGGAAUGUUGUAAUUUCGUGGAAUUGUGAAGUAAAAGUUUUUCGGGAAACAUUGUAAUUUACGAGUUUCAGUUUUAAAUGUGCCAUUUUAUUC